AUAUAAAAUGGGACGAACCCACUGUUUCUUUCAAAUUUUCUAGGACUGAUUUAUUCGAACUUACUGAAAAGAGAAAAUGGAGAAUUUAGAGCUAGUUGAGAAGGUCGUGAUCACCCCUGACAGGCCGACCGAGCGGCGACGCUUGUUCCUGUCGAACAUUGACCUGAAUCUACGAGGGUACCAGGAGAGCGUGUGCUUCUUUUGCCCCCCGACUAGUCAAUUGACAUUCCCGGACGUGAAGAAGGCCGUGUACUCUGCGCUCGGAUCCCUCCUUGUGCCCUAUGACUUCCUCGCAGGGCGGCUCGUGCGUGCCCUCCAAGAAGGAGGCUCCCGUGGGCGGCUCGAGAUAGACUGCAAUGGGGCCGGGAUCGUGGUGGCAGUGGCCACGACAGAGAGUGAGCUGAACUGGCUUGGUGAGCUGAAUGAGCCGAAGCCUGAGUAUAGGCAGCUGACAGCCUUCCUGUUCGAAGAAGGGGAGGAAGAGAUGGACAUUACAGACUUACCCCUUUUAUAUUUCCAGUUAACUCAAUUCGGAUGCGGAAGCCUGGCAAUCGCAAUCCGAUACAACCAUUGCACGGUAGAUGGCUUGACAGUGCACGACUUCCUAACUAAUUUUGCUGCGGUCACUCGGGGUGAUAGCCUGGUCAUUGAACCUAACCCAGACCGGACUAUUUUCCGAGCCAGGGAUCCCCCGGUCAUCAACCACCCGCAUUUCGAAUUCUCGAAGGCUGUCAUGACUGAUGACAUAUCCGCCCGAGUCGCCACUGGCCGCCCAUGUCCAACCCGCCCCGCCAGCAUCAUCCACCUGCCCCCAGAGCGGAUCGCCAUCCUGAAGAUAGCCGCCCUGAGGGGUGGCAAGCUGAAAGCCUGCACGGUGUUCCAUGCCGUUGCAGCGAAGAUCUGGAAAGCAAGGACCACCGCAUUGCGAAUCCCAUGUGACCGGCAUUCCACAAUGCUCUUCCCGGUGGACAUCCGGAAGAGGCUGGUGCCGGAGGUCCCGGCAGGGUUCGCCGGGAACGCAAUAAUUCCAGGUUAUGCUAGGGCCACAGCUGAGGAACUGAUCGACCUGGACGAGCCAGAGCUCGUGAGGAGGGUGCAGGAAGGGAUCGAGAGGCUGGACGACGGGUACGUGAGGUCGGCAAUCGACUGGCUGGAGGCGAACCCGGGAGGCGGCCACUGGGGGGAGGACAGGUUCUCGGUGGUGGCAAUGUUUAGGUUGGGGCUGGAGGAGCCAGAGUUUGCAUGGGGGAAGCAAAUUUGCAACGUUCCGGUUGAGGUGAAGCCAGGGCUUGUGGCUCUGUUGCCUGGUCCAAGGGAGGGAGGAGGGAUCAAUGUUUGGGUGGACAUGGACGCGGACCAAGUUGAGGAGCUUAGGAGGAUCUUAUUAAACGAUUAAUUCUUCAAUCCCGUCGAUCAUUUUCGUGUCCGUGCUGCGCAAUAAGUGAAUUUUUCUUUAUCAGUGUUCAUAGUCUGAUAAGGGAUCACUCAUAUGUGAAUUUCCCGGUGACAGAACAAAUAAAUUCCUAGCUCCUCAUUA